GUUGCCAGGCCACAUAAAAGCCAUUUCUUUUUGAAUUAAACCCCCACCAAACCGAAGGAGCCAGCCAUGAAUCAAGCUCUGCUUAGGGGCAUACCCUUUUUUGCUUGCAAAUUUCUCCUCUCUUCUACUAAAUCCAACGCAUUCAGCUCAAUUCCCAAGCAGCCCUUUUUCGCCGCUUGGACUCGCUCCCAACUCAGGGUCUACUCCUCCGGUUCCAAAGAAGACGACGACGUUAGUAACGAAGAGCUAAAAAUGCGAAUACAGAGGUACUUUGAUGGUGAUGAAGAGGCUAUACCUUCAAUCUUUGAAGGGAUUCUAAAGAGGAAGUUGUCAGGGAAGCAUGAAGAGAGUGAUGAUGAAUUGAUGAAAGAGAUUCGCCAUCUCCGGCAUGAAUCUCAACCUAAAGAUCAAGAGUUCGACUCGGAUUUGACUGACGAAGAUUGAUGCUUUUAAGGUGGCAUACAUUUGAGAGCAAAGCCAAACAGUAGCACAAGUGAACAAGAGAAGCAAAGCAAAAUGGUGUAAAGUUGGUUUUUUGAAGCUUGUAGUUUCUAUGCUGGGUAGUGAACACUUUCUGAAGAUCUUCUCUAAAGGAAUUUGUAUGAGAGGCUAAUUCUGUAGUGGUGGUUGUUCAUGGUAUAUCACCAUGAUACAUGAUCAUCAACUAGUAUAAUUACUUUUGUAAUACACAAUUUUUUCUGGUAAUUGUGGAUAAUCCACAUUUACCGGAAACUAUAAAUUAAAAUAAAUGCUCUCUCUUCUCGGGCUUUGCGUUUUC